CCAGCGAUCUUCCAACCUCAUAAAUAUGGCGGCGGUCGGGUGGCGUGUGUUUGGGCUCGGACGAUCCCUGAGCACUGAGGUAACCCGGGGCCUUCUGAAUCCCCGAACUAAAGCUGGGAUUCAACUCAACUCUUUCAGAAACGUGGUGAUGACAAAAUCGGGAGCCAUUUUACCCAGACCUGUCAAGACUUCCUUUGGUCUCAUGAAAGUCUUUGUUGUUGUCGUCCCAUUUCUCUACAUGGGCACUCAGAUCAGCAAGAGCUUCGCCUCAUUACUGGAGGAACAUGACAUCUUUGUCCCAGUCGAUGACGAUGAUGAUGAUUAACUGAUGGGUUUCUGCUGUGUUUGUGAGCUGCUGUCAUUGGAUUGAAAACCAUAGGAACUACUAACUGUACAUAUUCUAGUAUCUGAAGCCCCCUCCUGCUCUCUCUGGCUAUGAAAAGACAUGAACACUGAAGGGGAAAUGUGAUCGAUCAAUGACCAUGUUAUGCAUGUGUUGUACAUAGUGUGUUGGAGGGAAAAAAGACAGUGUCCAUUCUGAUGGUUUAUAUGGGCUGCAUCCAAUUGAGAACAUUUUUUCAACUUGGUUCCCUUUAGGACCAGAACGGUGAUUCUUUUUUCUGCCUGUUCUGGAAAAACCUUUCCUCUCUGUUUUCCCAGAGAGACAUUGAUUCAAACGAGGGGCCUCGAAUACUUAUGGUUGUCUGAUAAUUUUUCCAAACUCUGAUUCUCUCUCUACCCCUCCUCACACUUCCCACUUGAGAGAGAAUAAAUCAUCAGGCUGGAACGUGACCUGUGUAAAUGGCUUAUCACACAGAGCCCUACUUUACCAUUGCCUCAAGGAGGUGGUAGAGUUGCAGUGGGAUAUUGGUGUUUGUGCUUUUCUCAGCCAAUAUAGUCCCUGGCUUUUAAAGCAGGCGUGUUGGUGGGCGUGUUGGUGCAGGAGCAAUUUACCCGCGAUGCAUUUCCAAUGGUGGUGUGUGUGGAAUGGAUACUGUCUUGACUCCAGUGAUUGUUCACGUUUGUAUCUUAAUAUGAGCUUGCUUUCAGUUUCUUUUAAGGCUCCAUGUUUUGUUUAAUUGGUGCAGGGUUAAAUGCUUUUGUUAAGUGAUCUCUUUGGUCAAAAGAUACGCUUAGCAUGUUGUCUGAAUGGGGCUGUGUUGUCCGAGGAGCUAGAAUCAUUUAUGGCAGUGUCUUGUCAUGCACAGCAAUAAAUCCAGCCAAAACCAA